AUAGAAAUGGAGGCUUCACUGAAGGUCAUCUACAUUCUGGGGUUGCUCGCAAUCGUUGGCAUUGCAGGGCUUGAAAGGGCAGAUGGGGCAGGGGCAGGGCCAUGUGGAAAAUCUUCUCCAGAUGAUGAGGCUAUGAAGCUGGCCCCUUGUGCAAUGGCGGCACAAGACGAGAAGGCUGCUGUCUCAGACAGUUGCUGCCUUCAGGUGAAGAGAAUUGGUCAGAACCCAAGCUGCCUCUGUGCUGUAAUGCUUUCUAAUACUGCCAAGAGUUCUGGAAUCAAACCAGAAGUUGCCAUGACCAUUCCAAAGCGCUGCAACAUUGCUAAUCGUCCUGUAGGCUACAAAUGUGGACCCUACACCCUUCCUUGAUAGGAUAAAAUAAGUUCUGGAGGACCAUGGAUUACAUAAAACUCAGAUGAGAAGGCCUCUGUAUCUACUAGUUUAAUGAAAAAGAGACUGUGUUGCUUCAGCUAGUGUUUGUCAACAAAUAAAAGUUAGCAGCUUAUAUGUUACAUUAUAUCCAG